UGUUGGAGGAGGAAUCCGGGCUUAACAAGUGAUUGCUGCUGUCUAGGAUUUUGUUCUUUUUUUCUGGGGAACCUUGACGUCCUUUCCCAGGCAAGCCCUCCUGUGCGGAACUCCAGUGGAGCCAGAAAUCUUGGGGGGUCUUCCCCGGGGCAGCCCCGAUCAGCACACCUGGGCUCCUGCAGCGAGGACUCUGUGCCCCCCUGGCCAGGCGACAGAACUUGUUCCGUGGAUAUUUUGGAGCCUCCACCUGCCGCCCAGGCGUGAUUCCUCCCACCCCCAGGAUCGUUCUUCCCCUCCUCCAGCUGUUGCAGCUUGAGGGGGGAAAUCAAAACCAGCCGGGGAAUUGUCUUUAUGUUUAUUCUGGACCCCUCCCGGGAAGGGUGAAGUGCUUCUUCUGCAUGAUUUUAGCUGAAGGAUACUCUGCAUUUUCUUGAUCUCUAUGGAGACCUCAGAGCUGGGUUUGCCCCUGCUGACACCUCAUCUUGCACCUUCUCUACCUCCCAAGGUCUUUGCCUCUGUUGAUAGUUUGGCAUUGCCCCUGGGUCCAGGAAGCCUGUGAUAAACUUAAGGGAAGAGCCUGGAGGAUCAUCCCGAUAGGUGUGAGGGACAAUGGCCGGAUGUACUUCAAGUCUCGUGGUAACAUGGGUUAAGCAGUCACUGGAAGGCAAGUGCUGAGACGAAAGGCUUAUUCGCAUUUUAUUCAAAUUUGAUGGACCGAGCUUUGGACAGUUUCCAUGGCAGAAAAAUAUAUUCCAUCUUCUAGUCACAACUGCUGGCCGUUGGAGACUUCCUGCCUUUGAAUCUUGCAGCAGCGUCACCAACCACAUCCUAGAUGUAUUUCCAAAUUUGAACACCCACCCCAAACAGGUGUCUGGGAGACCCGGACAUUAUCUGACGUAGGCUUGAGAGUGCUAGGCUGUUCACCCGGACCAGCCAAGCUCUGAAGAGCCAUGUUGAAUCCCUGGGAAGACAGAGCAUGGGGCGUGCUGAUUUAAAAACAGAAAAUGCAAAGUUGGACUGAAAAUACCCUCAGUCUUCCAAGCAAUCUGCUUGAGGGUUCCAAACUUACCUUCCUUUGGUGAGAAAGAAAAGAAGAAAGCUGCCCUGUUUUUUUUUCUUCUUCUACAACUGGAACCAGCCAUUUCCCCAAACCAGCACCAUGGAGGUUGCGAUGGUGAGUGCGGAGAGCUCAGGGUGCAACAGUCACAUGCCUUAUGGUUACGCGGCCCAGGCCCGGGCCAGGGAGCGGGAGAGGCUGGCCCACUCGAGGGCAGCGGCAGCAGCUGCUGUGGCAGCUGCCACGGCCGCCGUGGAAGGCAGCGGGGGGCCCGGAGGGGGCUCCCACCACCACCACCACCACCAAUCUCGGGGGGCCUGCACCUCCCAUGACCCUCAGAGCGGCCCACGCAGUCACAGGAGGCGGCGACAGCAGCCGGAGAAAAAGAAAGGCCACCACCGGCCGAGCAGCUUCCCGCACUGCACCGACCUGAUGCCCAGCGGCUCGGAGGAGAAGAUCCUGAGGGAGCUGAGCGACGAGGAGGAAGAGGAGGAAGAGGAGGAGGAGGAGGAGGAAGAGGAGGGGCGGUUUUACUACAGCGACGAUGACCACCACGGGGACGAAGGCUCCUACACGGACCUGCUGCCCCAGGAUGACGGGGGCGGCGGGGGCUACGGCGCCGUGCGCUACAGCGACUGCUGCGAGCGCGUGGUCAUCAACGUGUCCGGCCUGCGCUUUGAGACCCAGAUGAAAACUCUGGCCCAGUUUCCGGAGACCUUGUUGGGGGACCCCGAGAAGAGGACUCAGUACUUCGACCCUUUGCGCAACGAGUACUUUUUCGACCGGAACAGGCCCAGCUUCGAUGCCAUCUUGUACUAUUACCAAUCAGGAGGCCGCCUGAAGAGGCCGGUCAACGUGCCCUUUGACAUCUUCACGGAGGAGGUGAAGUUCUACCAGCUGGGGGAGGAGGCCCUGCUCAAGUUCCGGGAGGACGAGGGCUUCGUGAGGGAGGAGGAGGACAGGGCCUUGCCCGAGAAUGAAUUCAAAAAGCAGAUCUGGCUUCUCUUCGAGUAUCCGGAGAGCUCCAGUCCGGCCAGGGGCAUAGCCAUCGUCUCCGUCCUGGUCAUCUUAAUCUCCAUUGUCAUCUUCUGCCUGGAAACCUUGCCCGAGUUCAGGGACGACAGGGAUCUCAUCCUGGCUCUGAGCGCGGGUGGGCACAGUGGGCUGUUGAAUGACACCUCGCCGCCCCACCCCGAGAGCUCAGGCCACACGGUAUUCAACGACCCCUUCUUCAUUGUGGAGACAGUCUGCAUUGUUUGGUUUUCCUUUGAGUUUGUGGUUCGCUGCUUCGCUUGUCCCAGCCAAGCUCUCUUCUUCAAGAACAUCAUGAACAUCAUUGACAUUGUCUCCAUCUUGCCUUACUUCAUCACCCUGGGCACGGACCUGGCCCAGCAGCAGGGCGGUGGCAACGGGCAGCAGCAGCAGGCCAUGUCCUUUGCCAUCCUCAGGAUCAUCCGUUUGGUCCGGGUAUUCCGGAUCUUCAAACUCUCCAGGCACUCCAAAGGCCUGCAGAUCCUGGGCCACACCCUCCGAGCCAGCAUGCGGGAACUGGGCCUUCUGAUCUUCUUCCUCUUCAUUGGGGUCAUCCUGUUUUCCAGCGCUGUGUACUUUGCUGAGGCAGAUGAGCCUACCACCCAUUUCCAAAGCAUCCCAGAUGCAUUUUGGUGGGCUGUGGUGACCAUGACAACUGUGGGCUAUGGGGACAUGAAGCCCAUCACUGUGGGGGGCAAGAUCGUGGGGUCCCUGUGUGCCAUUGCGGGUGUCUUAACCAUUGCUUUACCAGUGCCGGUGAUUGUCUCUAACUUUAACUAUUUCUACCACAGAGAGACUGAAAAUGAGGAACAGACACAACUGACACAGAAUGCAGUCAGUUGCCCGUACAUCCCUUCUAAUUUGCUGAGGAAAUUUCGGAGCUCUACUUCUUCCUCUCUGGGAGACAAGUCAGAGUAUCUAGAGAUGGAAGAAGGAGUUAAGGAAUCUCUUUGUGCCAAGGAGAAGUGUCAGGGAAAGGGGGAUGACAGUGAGACAGAUAAAAACAACUGCUCUAACGUGAAGGCUGUGGAGACUGAUGUGUGAAUCCUGUUCUCCGUGCGCCACUGCCCCCUCGCCCCCAAGCCCAGCAUCUCCAAAUAUAUUUAUGCAUAGAGAGUGCAGUUAUGAAAAUGAAAUAUGCAAAUGAAUCCAACGCAUACAGUAGUACACCAUUUAAUGGUUAUACAUGGCAUAAUUGUUAUAAACUUGUAUUACAUAUCAAAUAAAUGAUGCAUCUUGGAGAAGAGGGAGGCUUAAAUAGGAGCAACUCAAUCUUUAUAUUUUUUAUUAAGAUGCAAGAAUUUUGCACAUUAACUGGAAAGGAUGUAAAAGUAAAGAUGGCUAUGUGGGAUGAGUGUGUGUGUGUGUGCUGUGUGCGUGUGUGUAUGUGUAAGUAAAUUGUCAACGUUUUUUAGUAAUCGUGCAGUAAUGGGAAAAGUUGGCAUUUUGAAGUAUUUACUAUGUAAGAACUAAUGAAUUUGAACAGUCACUUAUCAGUGCUUUAAUAUCAUCUCAUGUCUUUGAAUUCCAUAGUUGUUUUUAAAAAAUUGUUAAGAAUUACUAUGUAGAAAAAAAAGAAAGUGAAUUAUUUAAUAGCAUAUAGGUCACAAUUCUAUCUUGGAUUUAAUUAAAGUUUAUUUUUAACUGGAAAUUAACUUUUAAAAAGGCUGCAGGGGUCUUUAGAAAUUGUUUAUAUUUUAUUAUUAAUUUUGGGAAGAUACGAGAGCAAAUGCCUAACAGUAUGGGAGAAAUGACAUCAGAGAAAAUGUAACAAGUUUUGUUCAGAAAUCCCAGCACUGGAAUUUUUUUUUUUUUCUUUGCACUACUUUAUAUGCUGGAGAUUGAGAGAGACUUCAUACUGUGAAUGUUUACUAAUGUAAAAGUUCAAUGACAAUCAUUGGAACAAUAAUUUCUUAGUCCCAUUUUAUUGUUCUCUUCUUUUCUUUGUGUGAGACUAAAUGCCAUGCAGAUAACAGCACAGAUUCCCUUCUCUUUUUAAAUCUAAAUAACUGAUCUGCAAAGGGGCUAUGACGUUGAAUUUAGCUACUGAAUUCUUUUGAAAUCGGUCUAUUACAAUGAUGUUUCUGAAACCAUCCUAUUCUUCUGCCUUUAAAUCCAGAAUAAUUUAACCAAAGCUAAUGCAUGCACUGAAA